CGUGGCACCCCGGCGGGCGGAGGCCGCGGGACCUCGGAUGCUGCGGCGCCCGCUGGCGGGGCUGGCAGCGGCCGCCCUGGGCCGGGUACCCGCGGACGGCAUGUCAGGACCUAGGCCCGUGGUGUUGAGCGGGCCUUCGGGGGCUGGGAAGAGCACCUUGCUGAGGAGGCUGCUCCAGGAGCAUGGGGGCGUCUUCGGCUUCAGCGUCUCCCAUACCACACGAGACCCACGGCCCGGCGAGGAGAACGGCAAAGAUUACUACUUUGUGACCAGGGAGGUAAUGCAGCGCGACAUUGCUGCUGGUGACUUCAUUGAGCACGCGGAGUUCUCGGGGAACCUGUACGGGACGAGCAAGGCAGCUGUGCAGGCUGUGCAGGCCAUGAACCGUAUCUGUGUACUGGACGUGGACCUGCAGGGUGUCCGCAACAUCAAGAAGACUGACUUGCGGCCCAUCUACAUCUCCGUGCAGCCGCCCUCCCUGGACGUGCUGGAGCAGCGGCUACGGCAGCGCAACACUGAGACUGAGGAGAGCCUGGCGAAGCGGCUGGCCGCUGCCCGGGCCGACAUGGACAGCAGCAAGGAGCCCGGCCUGUUUGACCUGGUCAUCAUCAAUGACAACCUGGACAAAGCCUAUGCGACACUGAAGGAGGCACUCUCUGAGGAAAUCAGGAAAGCUCAGGGGUCUGGCCAUGCUUGAGGACCUGGCUGGGGUGCCCAGGACCCACGCAGAACAGGUGCUUGCUGUGGGAUGUGUGGAGCUGACCCUGUGGCCCUGCUGAGCUGGCACCUGGGAUAAGAGGGUGCUGCCUGCCUCCUUUGGCCACUGUGGCUGCAGGACCCUGGGUACCCACUGCUGAAUGUGCCCUGACCUUAUAUUCCCUGUCCCUCAUCCUGUCUUUCCCGCUGGAGCCGGGGCUGAUACCCUAAUAAAGUAACCAGUGAUGGGGUUAA